UUUACAGCGUGAGCGACUGGUGUUUUUGACAGCGCAAAUCAGAGUAAAGAUGCCUGAACAUUGAUCAGAAAAUGUUGGACAAAAUGCCUGUAAAGCAUACGCAAAUGAUGGUUUCCUUCUUAUCCACCAGCAGCAGUAUUACCGAGAACUUUGAACCUUCCAGAUUCUGUGGAGUGAACAAGUUAAAAUGGAGGAAUUGAGUUGGGCCGAAAUGCAAGACGCAAUACCAUCGAAGCUCGGACCGUCCCUCCCGUUGUUCGUCGAGCUAGGCCUGACGAUUACCUUCCUCGUACUUUAUGGCUUUCUCUUCGGUCUGGUCUUCAUUCAGUUGAUUUUGAUUCUGUACUACGGCCACAAACGGUUCAGCUACCAGACAGUUUUUCUGUUUACCUGCCUGAUCUGGGCAGGGCUACGGACUACGUUGUUCUCUUUUUACAUCAAUAACACAAUUGAAGUUGACACAAUGAAGAUAUUCUGCUACUGGUUUUUCUUCAGCUUUCCAGUGUGUCUUCAGUUCUACACCCUUUGUUUGCUGGUUUUAUACUUUGCACAGGUCAUGUGUAAAUUAAAGGCCCGGAUUAACCCGCAGAGUCACAAUAAGCAGAUACAGUACAUACGAGUAACCUUCGCCAUUAUCAUGGGCCUGUUCCUGGCGAUGAACCUCAGCAGUGCCAUCCUGUCCAGGGUCUACCCUAACUCUGUGGCCUUGAUUCGGGUGAGGGUCUGCUUGAGCGGCUUGCUGUUCAUCGUCGCUGGGGGAUUCCUCGCUUAUCUCAUAUGGAAGCUAUCCAGGAUGAGUUUUGUCGGGAGUGUGCUGCUUGAAUCCAGGGGAGCAACUUUAUGUCAGACGUCUACAGCCUGCGUGUUUAUCAUUCUUCUCUAUGUAUCCAGAGCAGUGUAUAAUCUUAUUGCUAUAACGACCACUAUUUGCCCGUCAUUUGGCUAUAACUGGAUUAAUGUUUCUGACCAGGCAGAUAUGAUAUCAACUUUAAAAGGUCUUCGCUAUCUGUCGUUUGGUGUUGUUCUUUUUAUCUGGGAAUUCCUUCCGACAUUUAUCGUAGUCAUAUUUUUCAGAGUGAGAAAGUUUGCUGCAAAAGUGAGCACACCUGAGGACACAUCUUGCCGGAAAACCGAGUCUAGAACAUACUUCUUUGACAACCCUCGACGGUACGACAGUGAUGAUGAUCUGACACGCACACACAGCAGUACCAACGCUACCCCCAGCGAUUAUUUGAGGGAUAAUCUGUCCAUCCCAUCCACGCCCAUCAGCAGUGUUCCACACGUUGGCUACGGUACCAUAAUCCGCAGCAGUAGUUACCCUUCAGGAUACGGGAUACCGGGGACAACUCCACCUAUGCUCUUUGCCGGCAUUCCUGGUAACGUUAACUUGGGGGGAUACGGAGACGCCACAGAUUGACAGGGGUGGUAUUUAUUCCUUGUGAAUGAGGAUGACAAAGGUGGUGAGUGUAGUAUCGUUUCUUCAGAGUCGUUGAGAGGACGUCUAUAAAGAAGAGGGCAAGAACGACAUACUGAGUUCACUGUUGUACUGAAUUCAAUGUAGACACUGGUAUGUUCGUCUUUGCAAUAAUCAUGUCAUGUUUUGCAGUCAUGGUAAGUUAAACAUUUCUUUCAGACAUGAAUGGUGGGGAAACAAAGCGUAUCUGAUUCGCGGCGGGUAUAUCAGGAAACUGAUUUCAGGAAUCGUGUUUCGUGGAGUACGAUCCAGUCUGAAUUUGUCGAUGAUGUUUUGAUUGUAUUUCCUCAUGUAAUAAUAACUAAAUGCUUUGUGCUGCGUUGCCCUCGUUGGUGUGUGCUUGACUUGAUUACUUCCUGUUCAAUGGUUUUGUUUUACAAUGAAGAGGAACUUGGAUUAAAGCACGCAGACAAUAUUGGUAAUUGUCAAAGAGCAGUAGCUGCACUAAGAGGGAAGGUACAAAUUUGGUUAUUGUCAAAGACCAAUCUUCUCACUUGAUGUAUCCCAUCAUAAC